AUGGUAUCGGUUGCUGAGAAAGACGGCCUUGCGUCGCAGGACAAUACACCACCAACCAAACUCCCCAUGGACUUUCCCAGCUGGACUCGGGCGGAAGAAAGUGAUGGGAAGGACCGAGAUGCCAGGUUAUCAAUACUACACCGAAGAAGCAGAAAGUGGAACAACAAUGGCGAGAGGAAAAGGGAACAUGGCGUAGCACAUGCCGCCGACCCUGGACAGCGCCCCAGCCGUCUUGAUAGCAGAGGACUUUUCAAGGAUAUUGCUCAGCCGGUUGUGAGCGGUAUAUUCGAUGCCUUAUCUCCUCACGACGGGCCGGAGAGCAGCGAUGAUGAAAAGCAUAACAAGUCCAAGGGCACGAAGCAGCCUGCCCCGAUUCAAACUCAACCUCCGCCUGAGUUACCAGCACCGAAAUCACCAGAGUCACCAAAAUCACCCAAGUCACCCAAGUCACCAACUUUACCGGCUUAUCCAACCCCUUCGUCUCUUCCAGUCUAUUCAACCGCUUCUCCUCUUCCACCGCCGCCUCCCCCAGUUUCAAAUCCAGGGAACCCUAAGCCCACAGAAGCCGUUGUCAACCCUAUCCAGCCGCCCCCGGGAUACACGUUGUCAGACAGCAGCUACGGUCCAAGUAUGAGACUCAGCACGUUGACUCCAAGUGCUCCCACAACUCGACCGACAACUACGACCAAGGUGCCUCCGCUUUUACUUACCCCGAUUGUUACCCUCCCCGUGCCGGUGCCGGCAUUGUCUUCUGGCGCAAGAAAAGGUGUCAAUCUUCCGCCAACGUCAGAUGCGGUCUUGACAUUUUCGACGUCAAUGUCUCCAAUGAGCCCGAUGAGCCCGACGAGCCCGACGAGUUCGUCUUCCGUGUACCCCACGCCAAACUCUGAUUCAGCCAAGGGAUAUUACCACGAUCACGAUCAUGACAAGGGCAAUAUACAUCCCAAAGUAGAGAUGGCCCUUGUUGCCCUGGGCUCAAUUGGUUCAUCAAUCAUUGUUGCGUUUAUUGGGUGGUUGGUUUGGCGGUGCCACAAACGCCGUCGGGCGAAUGGCAGUUCCAGGGCCUGGAAACCACAUUUCCCCCAAAAUAUGCCUACCGAUAAACCAAAGCUGUUGGUGACGAAUACACUCGCUCGCAUUCCCAUUCUCAAAAACCGCAUGGCUGAUCGCCGCCGCCGCUGGACAAACCUUGAUCAAGCAGAUCUCGGCCCGUUCAGUGAGAAGGCAUAUGUGGCCCAGUCACUGGCGACACAACAGCCACCUCUCUCGGGCGUAGCUGUUCAGACCGAUUUUGUUAGAACCAGCAUACACGCCGAUGUGCCUCAAAAUGGGGCAACGUUACAUGUGCCAAAGGUUUCCAUAUCAUCCACUGAGCCUCAGGCCGGCAGUACCCUUCGCUCUGGAGCUCAACUCCCAAACACUCGCCUGAGCGACAUCUCUUCCCUGUCAUCCGGAUUUGGUGAUGGGCAAUUCAUGAUAGAUACCUUGAGUAGCGGCACAAACUAUGCAAACAAUACCGCUUCUGAGACUACGGUCAAAGCACCAUUGCCCGUGGCAAGGCGAGAAAGCGUCGGCGCUUUGAGCCAGCGACGCGACACCGUGUAUACCGAGGCAAGUGAGGAUACGCCCGCCCGGUUUCGCAGUGUCAACUCAUGGGUGAGGCAGCAGACGGGACGAGUAACGCGUGCGACGCAGCGCAACCAGGCAUCCGACGCCCCGCCCGUGCCUGCAUUGCCGCCGGAGCAGGACUUUGAUCUCAUGAUGCCUGAUGGGGAGGAGCCUCGGCGGGCAGAUUCUGUAACAGGACACGGUGUAGCUCGUUGA